AUGUACGAUCUCGUUCCAUGUGGAAAGGUUGGAGGGUUGUUUGAAUGAUGUUGCAGAUGCAACUCCAUUUUUGUUUUCAUAUUCACUCGUCGUAUUAGAGCGGAGAAUGUCACAUCGCAGUGGUAUCGUUAAUCGUUUCAUUUUUUAUUCUUUUUUAUUUUUAUUUAUUUUUUUUUUGUUUUUUUUUUUUAUAUUAAUCAUCGAUAACGAAACAAUAUGUUUUCCCACACCAUAUUGUCUACCAUAUCGUUACGUUACUCUCUAGAAAUAUUCGUACGUCAAAUUCCAGGGAGAAAUAUUCUCACAGCUCUGCCUCAUCCGAGCACUGUUCGGCUUGGACAGAUUAUUUUCCCCGGGAAAUUACCGGUCAUUACAGUCGCCGAUCAUUAUUAUUGGCCUUACCACUGGAAGACCCAGGUCUCUCGUGUACUCGAUUCGCUCUUCAACCUUGA